ACUCGGAUAUGGUUGCUGGGUUCGGAAACCAAGCUCUAAAAAAGCCAAGGGCUCCACACGUGUGGUGGGGAGUGUGGAUGCGUAUCAGUUUUGGUGCCUGAUGCGUGCAUUUAUCUUGUAAGGGUCACCCCGGUGGGUUCUGUUUGGGGGACCCAAUCAAUGUGGCUGUUUGUCCGUUGAAAGAAUUCUCACUGCAGUGUUCCGGAGCCUGCGUGUGGGUGAGUCCCUCAGAUGUUCCAUCAGAAGGAAUAGGGGAGUCUUGAAGGCGCAACUCGGGCGGUGGAAACAUGAACCUCUUACCUAAAAGCUCCAAGGAGUUUGGCUCCGUUGACUAUUGGGAGAAGUUCUUUCAGCAGCGAGGAAAGAAAGCUUUCGAGUGGUAUGGAACCUACCUGGAACUGUGCGGAGUGCUGCACAAAUACAUCAAGCCCAGAGAAAAGGUGCUGGUGAUUGGGUGUGGCAACUCAGAGCUGAGUGAGCAGUUGUAUGAUGUGGGCUAUCGGGAUAUAGUGAACAUUGACAUCAGUGAGGUUGUCAUCAAGCAAAUGAAGGAACGCAAUGCCAGCAGACGCCCCCAGAUGAGCUUCCUGAAGAUGGACAUGACACAGAUAGAAUUUCCUGAUGCCUCAUUCCAGGUGGUGUUGGACAAGGGCACCCUGGAUGCUGUCCUGACAGAUGAGGAGGAGAAGACCCUGCAACAGGUGGACAGGAUGCUGGCUGAGGUUGGCCGUGUCCUGCAGGUGGGCGGUCGCUACCUCUGCAUCUCCCUGGCUCAGGCUCACAUCCUGAAGAAAGCUGUAGGUCACUUCUCUCGGGAGGGGUGGAUGGUGAGGGUGCACCAAGUGGCCAACAGCCAGGACCAUGUGGUGGAAGCAGAGCCUCAGUUCUCCCUGCCUGUCUUUGCCUUCAUCAUGACCAAGUUCAGGCCAGUUCCUGGCUCUGCCCUGCAGAUCUUUGAGCUGUGUACUCAGGAGCAGGGUAAGCCUGUGCGGCUGGAGAGUGCCGAGCAGCUGGCUGAGGCAGUGCAGGAGCGGCAGCAGUAUGCCUGGCUGUGCAGCCAGCUGCACCGCAAGGCCAGGCUGGGGAGUGUGUCCCUGGACUUGUGUGAUGGGGACACGGGGGAGCCACGCUACACCCUCCACGUGGUGGACAGCCCCACUAUGAAACCAUCGCGGGACAGUCAUUUUGCCAUUUUCAUCAUCCCCCAGGGCCGAGAGACUGAAUGGCUCUUUGGCAUGGAGGAGGGCCGGAAACAGCUUGCAGCCAGUGCAGGCUUCAGGAGGCUGGUCACAGUGGCGCUUCACCGAGGUCAGCAGUACGAAAGCAUGGACACCAUCCAGGCUGAACUGUCAGCUAGAGUCAUGGAGCUGGCCCCGGCUGGCAUGCCCACUCAGCAGCAGGUGCCCUUUCUGUCUGUGGGAGGGGACAUUGGUGUCCGGACCGUCCAGCACCAAGACUGCAGCCCCCUAAGCGGUGACUACGUCAUUGAGGAUGUGCAAGGGGAUGACAGGCGGUUCUUCCGGCGGCUGAUCUUCCUCAGCAAUAGGAAUGUGGUGCAGUCAGAAGCCAGGUUGCUGAAGGACAUGUGUCACAGAGCCCAGAAGAAACGGAAAAAGGACAGGAAGAAACAGCGGCCUGCUGAUACUCCUGAGGACCUCCCUGCAGCACCAGGGCAGUCCAUUGAUAAGAGUUACCUGUGCUGUGAACACCACAAAGCCAUGAUCGCUGGCCUUGCCCUGCUGAGAAACCCAGAGCUACUCCUAGAAACCACACUGACCUUGCUGGUGGUAGGCCUGGGUGGAGGCAGCCUCCCCCUCUUUGUCCACGACCAUUUCCCGAAGUCCUGCAUUGAUGCCGUAGAGAUUGACCCCUCCAUGUUAGAAGUGGCCACACAGUGGUUUGGCUUUUCCCAGAGUGACCGAAUGAAGGUCCACAUUGCAGAUGGCCUGGACUAUAUCACGAGCCUAGCGGGAAAAGGAGAAGCACGGCCUCACUACGAUGUCAUAAUGUUUGAUGUUGACAGUAAGGACCCAACACUGGGAAUGAGUUGUCCACCCCCAGCAUUUUUGGAACAACCUUUUUUGCAGAAAGUCAAAAGCAUCCUGACUCCUGAAGGUAUUUUUAUCCUCAACCUCGUGUGCCGAGACAUGGGGCUCAAGGACUCAGUGCUGGCCAGACUCAAGGUGGUGUUCCCCCUCCUGUACGUCCGGCAAAUCGAGGGUGAAGUGAAUGAGAUCCUGUUCUGUCAGCUGCACUCAGAGCAGAAACGUGCCAUGCCAGAGCUCCUAGAAAUGGCCCAUGCCUUGGAGCAGACCCUGAAGAAGCCUGGGAGGGGGUGGGAUGACUCGUACAUCUUGUCAGAUAUGCUCAAGACUGUGAAGAUUGUGUGAUCGCCGAGACCAGGCAGUCCUCUCAGCUUCCUGCCCAGACUGACCUUGGACUCCUGGCCUAUUAGAGAUCGAAGCAAUACAACCUACAGUACUUUUUAAGCCUUGUAGUUUUCAUGGUGUCGUACUCAACUACAUGUAUGUCCAGUGAGGUGAGGCUGACAGAAGAGUUUGGAAAAUAAAGAAAUCCCAUCCUGUCCUCUUGAGUA